GAACGGACGUCACUGAUUGGUGGAGGCCGGGAGCCCAGGUGACUUAAGGGUCCAAUGGAGCUUAAACUUCCACUUCACUGACCAACGCAGAGCGAGACGCACACUCAUCCGGCCAGCAGUUUUGCAUUUUGUCUUCCAACGUUCGUGUUUCUCAUUGACUUUAGGAUGUGGGAUGGAACCAGAUUCUUCUCGUCAAAAGCAAAGAUGGGCAGUCUAGUCAUUGCAGUCCUCCUAUUGGUGUUCGGGGUCUGGCUGAUAGAAUGCAGUGAUCUUGAGACUCUUAACAAAACAAUACAAGAAGCUGUGCCGGAGUUAUGUCUAGAGAGAGAAACCUUCAAGCAUUGUAGAGAAUAUAUUACAACAUUUGCGACGGUAAUCAUGGCAGUUGGUUUAGUGGAGGGCGUCUUCGAAAUCAUAGUCGGAAGUCUUCUCAUCUACGGCAUCCUUAAGCAAAAGAAGCGUCUCAUUCAAGCAUUAUUGUUAAUGCUAGAGAUUCAGCUCAUUUUCCAUAUACUUUGCUCCUUGGGCAUACUGUACACGAGCUAUGAUGAUGACGAUUUGGCGCAAACGUUUUUCAGGUUGAGAAUUAUAAGUUUGUACCUGUUUAUCGAGGCUUGUCUUCUCCUAAUCAUCCGUGCACACUACUUGCAAGUAAAACUGUCAAAUUCAGAACAAUCAAAUAUUAGUUCUGGUGGUGCAGCAACAAGCAGAGACAUCUAGCUCAUCGCUACGAAGACUUCUGUCGACGGUGUGGCAAAUUGUAUAGACGCUUACCUUUACGGUACAUGCUUGUUAAACCCAUGAUGCAUGGGUCUUCUUAAUUAACGCUAAUGGAAAUCUUGAUUACGAAAUUAUUUUUGGUUUUAUUAGUGCCUAAUUUUUAAAUUUAAACUGUGUUUUAGUGUGAAGGUUUUUAGAAAUUUUCAAACGCUUAAUGUGAUUGUCUAUAAUGUAAUGAAUGCAGUAGUAUAAAAGUCUUUUUGCAAGAUUAGAAUAAGACAUUCUCCCUGUGCAGUAUAUUCAGGCAUACGCAUUUAUCUAAAAAUCUUAAUUUCAACUACACUAGUCUGUUUUCUCUCAGUAUUUUACUACUCUUCGAUUCUGAUUGUAAGAUGUCUAGCUAGACUACAUGUAUGUGGGACUGGUUCCGUGAAUUUGAGGAUAACUGCAGAUAACCUGUGAGGAUCAACAGGUUGACUUAAUCAGUGGGUUUUUGUCAGGCCCUGAGGCUGUAAGAACCAUUUAUGGGUGACAAACCUGUUCACUGUGUAAAACUUACUUUGUUAGCUUAUUACCUACUAUUUAACGAUACAAAGUAGAUAUCCCCAUUUACUAAAUCUAUAUUUAUAAUCACUUAAUGUACUUUAGACGUUAAUAAACAAAUUAUUUUAA